UAUUCGAUGAUUAUAGGAUUUAUGAUCGAGCUCUUUAGUAUAAAAAGAGAAGAGAAGAUUCGACGAUCGUUCAGUAAACUUCCCAACCUCGAUCUCGAGAAAAGCAUCAAUAUGAAGUUCAUCGUUGCUUUCACAUUUGCUCUCAUCGUUGGAACUUUGGGAUUAGACGAUCAACAAAAGGCUAAACUUAAGGAAUAUAAGGAAUCUUGUAUAACAGAAUCUGGUGUCGAUCCUGCUAUCGUAGAAAAUGCAAAAAAUGGCAAUGUCUCUGAGGGCGAUGAAAAAUUAUCCUGCUUUGCUGCUUGUUUUGUAAAAAAGUUGGGCAUUUUCAAUCCGGAAGGUAAUAUUAACGAAGAAGUUUUAAGAAGUCGAUUAUACGAUAGUCUUCCAGAAGACAAAGUUGAAGAAAUCUUUCAAAAAUGUAAAAACAUAAAUGGCGACACUUUAUGCCAAAAAGGAGGUAACCUGAUGAAGUGUUUCUUAGAUAAUAAGAAAUUGGCAUUAUUGCAUUAAAUUUAAAAUGUGAAAAAUCAAUCAUAUUAAUAUAAUCGUCGAGCUUAUAAAAGUGAAUAAUUAAAUGAAUUCAGAUGAUAAAAUUA